AGAAUGUAAAAACAGAAAAUGAUUUUACUAUUUUAUCUGGUGACAGGAAUAAGACUGCUUAGUGCUUUAGAGGUUGAGGAUGAUGGAUAUGCACUAAGCGUGGAUUUACGACAUGUGGAAAACCCGGUCAACUGUCAACAAUACCUGGAUAAGCUAGAGGGCUUAUUUGAUUCUGCCUCUUUACAACUUCAUUCCACAACAGCUGGAAGAAAGAGAUUCAAGAAAAUUCAGAUGUUAGUACCGUCCACUUGGUCGAUAUCUUCUUGUCAGCCUGGCAGGCAGAUUGUAGCUGGGCAGGUCAAUCCAACAACUGACGUUGAGAUCACCAAACCUUUACCUGGAAUCGGAAACAGGCCCUGGUCCUUAAAUAUAAACGGGUGUGGGGAGCAAGGAUUAAAACUAUUGAUACCAGAAUCUCUCAUUUUUUCAUCAAUCUCUGACAACGAGAAAGGUUUAUUGUUGAUGAACGAAUGGAUCAAGUUUAGAUUUGGAGUUUUCAACGAACGCCAAGGUUUCAAAAACGAUUCUAUUUACAGAGAUGAAUAUUUCCGGUUGACUUCUAUGAUAAAAACCGAGGGCUGUGUAUCCGGUAAUACUGUACAGCAGCAGUAUUGUGUGUACGGUUCCUGUACACCAACAUCCUCUACAUCUCUUUCCGGUAUCAUUAUUAUUAUUAACUGCGCUGAGAGGGAAAAUCUUGAAAUUUUAGCCCCAACCAAACAGAAUCUGGUAUGUGGGGGUAAAUCUGCCAGAUCAAUCAUAUCCAAUCAUCCUGAUCUUAAACAGGGUCAACAUAAGGAGACAGGGUAUGAAGCUGUUCGUUAUGAGUACGUUUUACCACAAACAUCAGUUUAUACUUUAGUUCUAGAUUUGAGUUCUGGGAUGCAAGAAAACUGGGAAUCCAUUCAUAAAGCUAUUCUUAGAUUUAUUCUGACUAUUCCGUCUGGAACACGACUCAGUAUAAUUACAUUCAGUUCAUUAUCCACUACACGAACACUUCUACCCCAGACCCUAGUCACAGAUAUUAACAGGGAGACCCUGUUCGUACGAAUACCCAGACGGUCUGGGACAGGGCCAUCAGGGAGCUAA